AUGGCUUCAUCCCCUUCACCCGAAAUCUACAUCCCAGAGCAAUGGUCCGAUGCUGCAAACUCCAUUAAAUCCGCUUCAACGCCUCCUAUCACACUCAUAUGCGGUCCCAAAAACUGUGGCAAAACAACCUUCUCCCGCUACCUUCUCAAUGUCCUACUGACCAGAUACAAGAGAGUAGCUUAUCUUGAUACUGAUGUUGGCCAACCUGAGUUUACUCCUCCUGCUUUUGUUUCUCUAACCAUUGUUCAUAAAAUCACUCCAGAUUUGACGGUUCCAUACCUGAAAACACCAGAGAGAUCCCUUUUCUUUGGUGAUGUUUCUUCUAAGAGAGACCCGUUAACAUACUUAAAUUACGUAUGCUCCAUUUAUGAUUAUUAUCAAAAGGAGUGUCACACAUUUUACAAGGGAGCAAAGUCUUCUAGGAUUCAAAUGCCUCUUGUAGUGAAUACUCCUGGUUGGGUUAAAGGUGUUGGUUAUGACGUUUUAGUGGGCAUGUUAAAAUAUAUUUGUCCCACCCAUAUAGUUAAGAUUGACAUAUCCACUGAAAAUAAGAAUUUACCUGUCGGAAAAUUCUGGUCAGAUGGGGAACAUGAUGGAACAAAUAUACUGAUCGAGAUAAAUUCUGCUCGUCACGACUCAUUAAAUAGAUCGGUGCUUGUUCAGAAGGAUGCUAGUCUUUUGCGUGAUUUACGAAUAAUGGCUUAUUUUAGGCGAUGCUUUCCUAGUGAUUCAAAUAUUUCAACAAUCAAGGAACUUGCACAUUCCUUGACCUCUCACUGUCCUUAUCAAGUUCCCAUUGCAAGCUUAAAGAUUCAACAUGUUCAUCGUGAGGUCCCAAGCUCUGAAAUAUUCUACAGCCUGAAUGCUAGUAUUGUUGGCUUAGCAGUUGAAUCUGAAGGACCUGAAAAUUCACCCUGGUGCCUCGGUCUUGGCAUUGUGAGGGGUAUUGACACAGUCAAAGGUAUGCUCUAUGUGAUAACACCGGUGCCAGUUGAUUCUCUGAAAAAAGUCAACCUCUUGCUACAGGGUUAUAUCCAAAUUCCGACAUGUUUAUUGCAGGUUCAGGGGUGUAUUUCACCGUACAUGUCAGCGAAUGUAUUGACUGCAAGCUAG